AUGUCCUUGGUUCAGCGGUGGUACAAGACCGAAGUGGCUUUAGGUGCGCCGAACUUGAUUUCCUCGGCGCGUGGUGACGGGGAGGACCUAGGCGCUGCUGAUGCAGCUGUGGCUGCCUGGGUACGACUGAUCCCCCAGGGUCGUGGCUUGAUCGUGCUCCAAGACGGUUUCGAAUACAUCACCCGGGAUGGCCCUAGGCGCCUCCUGGCCCGACUGCUGCGAAGACACAAAGGCCUACAUAUGCUGGUGACCCUUGCCAAAAACCCUGGGCAGGCACAAGGCGUUUGGGAAGAACGGCCAUUGCCCUUGCUGUCGCCCCAAGUCUCUGAGCUCGCCCGUGUGGCGCGGAAACUCAGCCGGCUGUUGAGGGCGGCCCUCGCCAUGCACGAGUUGCAGCAAGACAUCAAAGCCUACAUCCACGCCACUGUGCCUGGACUUUGGGCCAAGUUUGCCAAGGCUCACCUGACUCAUCUGGGAAGUCGGAACUUCUGCCGCGGAGGUUGUUUCAGUCGGAAGGCCGUGAGCUACGGCGUCGAGCAGAUGAAGGUAGAACAGGUGCAGCAGAGGCUCAAUGAUUACCAGGAACGUGUGAAGAAGCUUGUGGAUGAGACGAAAUCUUUGCUGGCCUGCGGAGCAACAUUCGACAUCCAACAGCACCGGAAAGCUGCGAGGAAUAUUGGAGAAUAUUUGAUGGAUGACAUACUGAUUUUGGACUCCUUGGCCAACCUCUACCAGGAGGAUCGUCAGGCUCGCAACAAGGCUUUGGGAGAGAUUGAGGCAUUGGUCGAGCAGGUGGACCUUGUAAAGUCCAUGCUGAAGGAAAGGCAGGACCUGAUAAACAAGGCAGAUUCGCCGAUGCAGAUGAAGGCUCUGUCUCCCGUGAAGCACCUGGUCCGGCGAUUUGACAACCAGGGGCUUGCCACACCCUCUAAGGUGCUGGAGAAAGUGCCCUCGGAGAUGUCUCUUUCCAGGCCUGGCUGCGCUUCAGAGGUAUCCAGCCAGCUCUCGGUCAGGUCCAUGAACCGUCCUUUCUGGGUCAACGGAUUCCAGCGUCCUGCCCCCGUGGGCACUGAGGAACUUGCGCUCCGCCUCGCCGAACGAGGGCAGCGGAAGCUUGCGAGGAUGCGUCAGCGGAACGUGGAGAGUUACCACAAGGCAGUGUCCGGCGCUUCCUGCCCGGCAUGUGCCACUCCCAAGGCGCUGACCACCUGCAAUGGGCCCCAGCUGUUGACACCGCAGCGGGCCCAGCAGCGGCUGCAUAGCAAGCUGGUCGCCGUCGCCACGCCGCCGCCUGUGGAAAGAUCAGGCAUCCUUUGCCUGGAACCGUGGGAUGAACGUACUUCCUGCAGCAGGACAUUCGAUGGGAAACCUCUUCGUGCUGUGAAGCAGCUGCUUCACUGA